GCUGCUUGUACAUCCUCUCCACCACGCAGCGGUUGUCCUUCAGUCGGGACUGUUAACAACCAGUUUGUCGCACCUUUGCCCAGUCUGACUGACUGUCCUAAUCUUCUUGCUAACUCAGGUGGCAUUGGCACGCUUUCUGGUUCACCCACCUCUUCUGCGAGUCGACUUGCUAUGGCUUUACAUUCACAGCAGCAUCUUCAGCACCAAUACCAUCAUUCGCAUCAUCAUAAUCAACAGCAACCUCUACAUCUCCACCAGCACCUUUCUGGAAGCCACACUCUUGUCCAUCAGCAUAAAUCGCAACAACCCAUUCGACUUUUAACCACAACUAGCUUAAACUCUUCAGGAGUACCCAGUCUCUCCGUUUCUAACAUUACAACCACUACUACAUCUGCCGCAGUUAUCAAUACAACAAAUAUUACUUCCACAGCCGGUAUCUCUCCAGGUUCUGCAACCGCCUUGUCUAACGUCGUCACUGGAAGUAGUAAUAUAAAUGGACAAGCUGGUGGCUUGCCAGGCCUGAUGUCAUGUGAGACGGGCUAUCAGAUGGCGGCCCCUGGGAGCCUGACAUCUGCUAGCCGGGUUUAUUGUCGCAGUGGUGGGAAGACUUCGUCUUCUCUUCCUGGCGUCUCUCUGAAGGUGACCUCACUAGCUUCUGCGGCUGCUUGUGAACCAACUGGCAUGUUCAAUUUGAACGCUUCUGGUGAGCUAAGGAUGGCAAAUUGGAUUUAA